CGGCUCAGCCCAUAAACCACCCUGAGACUUUCUUUCCAUCUCUCUCUCUCUACCCUCACCACAUUUCUCUGCAACAUCGAUCGAUCAACAAAGAAACUCUGAUCUUCCAUUUUUUUCACAAAGCUUUUCACUUGGUAAAGUAAGUGCUCUCACUCUAUACAUUGUUUCUUCUGAAUCUCUAAUCAACCAAUCUCUCCAAUUUUUCAUUCAAUUACCUUCCAGAUCUAUCUAUGUAUCUAUCUCUCAAUUUUUCAAUCUCUCACGAGAGAUCCAAGAGCACAAAACCCUAAAACACAAACAACACAACUCAUUUACACUUUGACGUAUUGAAUUUGAUAAUCAAAUCGAAAUUAGAGAGAAACCCUUAAAAAGAUCUGAUUUUGCUAGUCCAAACCCUAGAUCCAAACGAAACCCAAGUGUUAGCUAUGUCCUGUUUAGCGCUCUCUCUUCAACCAGCCAAUGGAUCCGACAUUUUGCUCCAGACCCGGGAAUGGUUCCCUCCUGCCCGAGCCCUCGUUGCCCUCUCGGCUUUCCGGCAAACCCGUCUCGCUUUCGCCUCCGGGAAGCACCAGUUGGCCGAGGACGGUGAUACUUCGCUCGGUGACGACCCACUUGCCGCGUCCAGUGGGCAAUUGAUCGUGGGUGUCGAGAGUCGGUAUCGUGUUGUUUAUCGAUUGGUGAAUUCGAUAUAUGUUUUGGGGAUCACCACGGUGGAUCAAGAUAAAAGUGUGAACAAUGUGUUUGAGUGUAUUAGUAUAGUUAACCAGGCGGUUAGCGUAAUUGUUACUGCGUGCCGAGGUGUUGAUGUUACUCCCGAGAAGCUUAGUAGGAAGUAUGCUGAGAUAUACAUGGCAUUGGAUAUAGUUUUGAGGGGGGUUAGUAACAUUAGGCUUGCAGCGAUGCUUGCGUCAAUGCACGGUGAUAGCAUUGCCAAGAUGGUGCAUUCAGCAAUCGACUCCGAGAAUAAGAUCAGGGGGGCUGAUAGUUGGGCCAAUGUAGAACAUCAUUCAGCUGAGCAACAGGCUGGUGUUGAAGCAUUUUCAAAUGCAAGCUUUGAAUUACCUCCAGAGACUUUGGAAGCUGGUGAUGAAGCUGCGGCAACCCUUGCUCCGACUGGGCAGAGCACAUUAAAUGAACAGGAACAGCAGCAGAAGCCUGAGGAGGAUCAGACAGAGAAAGACCCAUUUGCAGCGAGCGAGGCCCUUAACAAGCCUGAGGAACUUGUGGGUGGUUUUAAGAAAGAUAAGGAUCAGUCAUCUACUGAUUUGUCGAUAGCAUUGGCAGGUCUUGAUGUUUCUACAUUGCCGCCUCCUGCAGCAACGGAAUCAACACACAUUGGUGUUGAGGGGUUUGAAGGAGAUUACGGUGGUAUAGAGUUCAGUCAUGAAGGAUCGACUUUGGCAGAAGAUUUUGAAGGGAUGAAUCAAGCUUGGGGUGGUGGGUUGGAUGCAUCAGAGUUCGUGGAUCCAAAGAAAGCUGCAAAAUCCCAGGGGCUUGGUGGGCUUGAAUUGUUACAAACUGGGAGUGACGCACCACCAACCGCUCCAGCUGGAGCUGGCACUCCUCUUGAAAACCUUUUGGUGGAAAAAACUGAAAUGAAGGGUCCUGAGAUGUACAUUUCAGAAGAGAUUAGUGCAGAGUUCCGGGAAUCAUUGCUCGCUAGAGUUGGCUUAAUGGGUGUGGUUUAUUUAAGAACACUGCCCCCAAAAUCUUCUGGUGAUAAAGAAACUGAGUUUUCCUUUAAGGUUGAGGGCACGAGUGGUGUGAAGAGAGUGGUCAUGCAGAGCUCUCGUGUAAGCAGCCUUGGCAAUGGGAUGUUUCAUGUCAGGACUGCAGCCUUAGAGGAGCCUAUACCAAUCUUGAAGUAUAGUUUGCUACCCCGUUCAACUCCACUUCCAUUGAGAGUUCGUCUAAUCAAACGUCACAGUGGUACUUUACUUUCACUGAUGGUGCAGUAUGUUUCAAACCCAGAUUUGCCCGCACCCCUGACUGAUGUAACAAUUACUCUGAAACUGCCGGUGGAUCCAUCUUUGCUGAAGGUUUCACCAAAAGCCAUCUUGAACCGUUCUGAAAAAGAAUUGAAAUGGCACAUUGAAGAGAUUCCUUUGAAGGGUACUCCUGGCAGGUUGAGAGCAAGGAUGCCCGUGGACUCGAGUGAAGAAGAUGGUGGGGAUGAAAUUGAGGUUGUUGGUUAUGUGAAAUUUUCUAUUCAAGGAACUAGAUCAUUGUCUGGAUUUUCUCUACGGCCUGCUUCUGAGGGUAAGACAGACUUUUAUGAGGUUAAGCACAGGUAUGAGAGUGGGAUUUAUACGUGCAAUUGAACAUGGAUGAUUUGUCCUAUUGUGUUUCUUUCUGUUUUGUUUUUGUUCAACAGGAUGUGUGUGGUUUGGAUGUGUGUGUAGCAUUCUUUGAACUGUAGCUUGUAACUUAGUCUCAAUGUUCUCAUCUGAAAGGUUUGCGUUUUUCAGUUACCAGCCAUUGGCUAUGUAAUACAUAGUAAACCUUGCUCUUUAUAAAUGUUUUCCUGUUUAAAUUUCACUA